AUGAAAAUGAAUAGCGACAGUACGCGAGCAGGAGGAGUGACAGCGGUCUCCUGCCGAAGGCAAUCCGUCGCAUUUUGGUUCUUUGUUCCUCUGUUUGUCCUUGGGUGCUUGCUGAUUGAUCAGACUCAGUCUCAAGCGAUUGGCGGUGAUGAAGGCGGCAGUCAGUGUGUGUGGUAUGGUAUCUGCAAUGUCGAUUCGCUUAAUCGCGCCCAGUACUGCCCGUACAACGGGACGGCCAAACCGAUCGACACGAAGGCAAGGGACCUGAUCCAGAUGUGGUGUAAACAUCUGCUGGUCGAAGAUGCCACGGGCAACAUAAACACGUGCUGUGAUGCGGCACAGAUGCAAGUGCUAAACAAAAAUGUGGCACUAGCGGCCAAUUUUCUCGCACGUUGCCCUUCCUGCAUGGCCAAUCUGGUGCGACACAUGUGUGAUUUCACCUGCAGCCCACAGCAGUCCAGCUUCAUGAAGGUGGUAUCGACGGAGGAGGUCGAACCGAAGGAAGGGAAUGAAAAAUCCGACCAACCGGGCACCACGGUGGCUCCCACACCCAAGGAAUAUAUCACCAAAAUCGAUAUCCACAUUACGCAGGAGUACCUGAACGGUACGUUCCAAUCGUGCAACCAGGUUUCGGUGCCGUCGACCGGGCAGCUCGCGCUAGAUCUGAUGUGCGGUGACUGGGGUGCAUCCCGAUGCAGUGCCACGAAGUGGUUCCACUACAUGGGCGACGCCGAGAACAAUCUGUACGUUCCGUUCCAGAUCGAUUACGUUGCGCACAGUUCGACCAAUGAAACCAUCGACGGCUACAUACCGUGGAAUCCUCGCAUCGUUCCAUGCAGUGAAAAGUUGGAUGCAAACACACCGGCAUGUUCGUGCGUCGAUUGUGAAGCAUCCUGUCCAAAGCCACCGCCGCCACCCAGUCCACCCCAACCCUUCGUCAUUUAUGGUAUGGAUGGAUACGCGGUCGUCAUGUUUGUGGUGUUUGUCGUGUGUAGCGGCCUAUUUUUGAUUGGUGCCUGUUUUUGCCAUUCGAGCACCGGUACCGGCGGUGGAAGCAGCAGUGGAGCAAAACUGUUGGUUAAUAGUGGUGACGCGCAGCCAUCGGACUUGCGGUCCUCGGUGGGCCGCAGGUUGGCCGGUGGUCUCUCCUCUAACAGUGGCGAUCUGGGCACGGACCGGGAAGACUCACCCCUACAGUCGAAGCGAUCGAGUGCCACUUGGGACGGUGAACAAGAACUUCGUCCUCAUCCGUCCGGUGUGGGAGCCGAUGAAGAUGACGAUGAGUCCGGUUAUUUCGAACGACUCGGAGCUAAGACGGAAACCGCCUUGGAACACUUCUUCACUGCUUGGGGAACAACGUGUGCUAAACAUCCCUGGCUUGUGCUGCUUGGAGGGCUUAUCUUCAUUGUUGCAAUGGGUAUGGGCAUUAACUUCCUCCGUGUCACGACAAACCCAGUUGAGCUGUGGGCUUCCCCACAUUCACGUUCCCGUGUCGAACGCGAGUACUUCGAUUCCAACUUUGAGCCAUUCUACCGCAUCGAGCAGAUUAUCAUCAAGGCAGAAAAUCUCACCAACGUGAUGCACAACACCUCCAACGGUGUGAUUCCAUUCGGGCCGGUAUUUAACCGACAAUUUCUGCUCGACGUAUUCGAACUGCAGGAGCAAAUCAAGAAGAUUCAGGCCGUGCGAGAGGAUGGCAGCAAUCAGACGGUUGGAUUGAAAGACAUUUGCUUUGCACCGCUUAGCACGGGUAAUGGAGAGACGCGUACGGAAGAAUGCGUGGUCCAAUCGUUGUGGGGCUACUUCUCGGACGACAUGGAUGACUUUAAUGACGAGGAAGAGGACGCACAGGGCUUUGUGAUAAAUUAUCUGGACAAGCUGAUUCAGUGCUUUGGAAAUUAUUACAAUCCAUCAUGCCUGGCGCCCUACGGUGGACCCAUCGAUCCGGCCAUCGCACUCGGAGGUAUACCGCAACCAAAGUCACCAGAAGAGAAACCCAGUUACACUGAAGCAAACGCUGUUAUCUUGACGUUUUUGGUGCGAAACUACCAUGACAAGAACAAACUCCAAUCGGCUCUAGCUUGGGAAACGGAGUACGUAGCAUUCAUGAAGAACUGGACGCGGGAGAACAUGAGCAUCGCUUUCACGUCCGAGCGUUCCAUCGAAGAUGAAUUGGCGCGCGAAUCACAGUCAGAUGUGUCCACGAUUUUGGUAUCAUACAUCAUCAUGUUCGCCUACAUCGCCAUUUCACUGGGGCACGUAAACCAGCUGAAACGUGCCUUGAUUGAUUCAAAAGUGACGCUUGGCUUGGGAGGCGUUGCGAUCGUACUGGCAUCGGUCGUUGCAUCGGUCGGUAUUUUCGGAUACAUUGGCGUACCGGCCACACUGAUCAUUGUGGAGGUAAUACCAUUUUUGGUGUUAGCUGUCGGUGUCGACAACAUCUUCAUUCUGGUGCAGACGCACCAGCGCGAUACGAAAAAACCGACGGAAACGCAUGCUGAACACAUCGGACGCAUUCUGGGACGCGUUGGACCAUCAAUCCUAUUGACCUCCGUCAGCGAGAGCUGUUGCUUCUUCCUCGGCGGGUUGUCCGAUAUGCCGGCCGUGCGAGCAUUCGCUCUGUAUGCCGGUAUGGCGCUGCUAAUCGAUUUUUUCCUACAAAUCACUUGCUUCGUGAGUCUGCUGGCGCUCGAUACCAUCCGCCAGACGGACAACCGGCUGGACGUGCUGUGUUUCUUGCGCGGCUCCAAAAAGGAUAUGCCGGGCAGCAUCGGUGAGGGAUUGUUGUACAAAUUCUUCAAAAGUAUCUACGUACCAUUUGUGAUGCGCAAACCGGUCCGUGUGGCGGUGAUGAUCGUAUUCUUCGGAUGGCUCUGCUCCAGCAUUGCUGUCGCACCGCACAUUGAUAUUGGACUUGAUCAGGAGCUCUCAAUGCCGGGCGAUAGCUUCGUGCUGAAAUAUUUCCGCUAUUUGCAGCAGUAUUUGAGUAUCGGCCCUCCGGUAUACUUUGUGGUGAAGAACGGAUUGAACUAUUCGACCAUGCAUGAUCAGAAUUUGAUAUGCGGUGGACAGUACUGUAAUCUCGACAGUCUUUCCACGCAGGUUUAUAUCGCAAGCAAACAGCCCCAGUCAUCUUAUCUGGCACGACCGGCAUCUUCUUGGUUGGAUGAUUACAUUGAUUGGUCGGCUGCACCAGGCUGCUGCAAGCAAUGGACCAAUGGAAGCUUUUGUCCCCAUCAAAAGAGUGCCUGUGGAGCGUGUAACAUUUCACUGACACCUCAAAAGCGACCUGCGGAGGACAGUUUCCGGCAUUAUGUUUCCUUCUUCUUGGAAGAUAACCCAGAUGAGGCAUGUGCCAAAGCGGGUCACGCUGCAUACGGUAGCGGCGUAAAGUAUCAACCGGAUGCAUUGUCCCCACAGUACAGUGAUGUCGGAGCGACCUACUUUAUGGCGUAUCACACGAUUCUUAAAUCGUCCUCCGACUACUACGAAGCGUUGCGUUCGGCACGUAAAAUUUCGGCAAACAUUACCAGCACGAUUCAAGCGAAUCUUCGCCUUCAGGGUCGCAGCGAAUCAGACAUCCAACAAAUCGAGGUGUUCCCAUACUCGGUGUUUUACGUGUUCUACGAACAAUACCUUACGAUGUGGCCUGAUACGCUCAAGAGCAUGGGCAUUUCAGUGCUAGCCAUCUUUAUCGUAACGUUCCUACUGAUGGGCUUCGAUAUCCAUUCGUCGCUAGUAGUAGUGAUCACGAUUACCAUGAUAGUAAUCAACAUAGGUGGUCUGAUGUACCACUGGAACAUCUCACUCAAUGCCGUGUCGCUCGUGAAUCUCGUAAUGGCGGUCGGCAUCAGCGUAGAGUUUUGCUCACAUUUGGUGCACAGUUUCUCCAUGUCGGUGGAGGAAACGCGCGAAAAGCGAGCAGCCGAUGCGCUCACCAAAAUGGGCAGCUCUGUGUUCUCCGGUAUUACGCUGACAAAGUUUGGCGGUAUAUUGGUGCUCGGUUUCGCCCACAGCCAAAUCUUCCAGGUGUUCUACUUCCGUAUGUACCUGGGCAUUGUGCUGUACGGUGCCGCUCACGGACUCGUGUUCCUGCCGGUGCUUCUAAGUUAUAUCGGCGCCCCUAUCAACAAAGUUAAACUGGCCAAUCACCGGCGGCAAGCGAUGCAGGAAACCCAGGAAACGUCCCUUUCUACAACCCUGCACCGGGAUGAAAGAAUAUUUAUGUUUGAGCGAAUCGAGGCCGAUAUACACGGCGUGAUGCACCGCCGAAGACGCUCCCACAACGAUGUUUCCAACGGCACACACCACCCCAGUGCUAAUGAGAUCGAUGAGGAGCCGAAUAUGGAACAGGAUGCAGCGUACUAUGACGACCGACAAUCUCCCGACUACAACGGCUACCACCACAACGACGAUGACGAGCAGGCAAACAUUCAGCGAACGGAGCAAUCGAAUUAUCCUGCGCUUCGCCAGGAACAAGAAACCCAAAGAGGAAGAGGAUACCGGGCAACAGGAGCGUCUGGCGGGCCCGGGUACUCCGGAGCACGGCAACAAUCACGACACCAGAUGCAAUCCCAGCAACAGCAGCAACCAACCAAUCAGCACCGAACCACCCUUGAGGUCCACGCCCAGCACGAUAUUCCUCCGGGUGAGGAUACGGAGGAGCUUACCGAACCUCUUCUGCAACAACCAUCCCCCGGCAUGCAGUGCGCCCCGCACGGAUCUCUAAAAGAGAGCGCCAAGCAUCAUGCGGUAGCAGUGCCGGCAGUAGUAGCAGUGGAAGAACACAUUUCAGCGAAACCACCAAUCAACACAUCAGCGGCACCAGCAUCGAAGCUGUCCCCAUCGUCAUCCAUUUCAUCCUCCUCGUUGUCUUCGAAAACUUCCAAAACAUCCAAAACGUCCAACAGGCAUCGAUUGCGCAAGAGUAGAUCGAAGGAUGCGCAAACGGAGAUAGAGCACCCGAAGGCGCCGCUAGUCGUGGCCGAAGAUUCAGAAGAUUUAGAUGGGGAGGAAGAAGAGGUUGAGUACGGUGGGCGAGAGAAGGUGAUAGAAACGUCAAAUAAUAGCAACCACAACAAUGAUGCCAUUUUUGAUAAUGAGGAGGAUUCGUACCGGGGUGAAGAUCGAAGGACGCUUAAGUCCUCCGCGUCAUCUUCCCGUUCAACGAUUGUUCCACGAGGACGAUAA